ACUGCUGCCCGAGGCCUUCAGCCUGUCUCAACACACCAUCUUCAGCUGCCAGGGCCAUGGCUCUAUUGUUCAACUUGAUACUGGCCCUCUUGACCAUUUUUGUUGGACUGUGUUUCUCAGAGUCUCCAACCAGAGUGCGGCUAGUGGGAGGCGCCCACCGCUGUGAAGGGCGAGUGGAGGUGGAACACAACGGCCAGUGGGGGACUGUGUGCGAUGACGGCUGGGACUUGACUGAUGUGUCUGUGGUGUGCCGGGAGCUGAAUUGUGGAGCAGCGAAAAAAACCCCGAGUGGUGCAUUAUAUCAUCCACCAGCAUCAGAAGGGCAAAGCGUUCUUAUUCAAGGGGUUGAAUGCAGUGGGGCGGAAGACAUGCUGGCUCAAUGUACGCUAAACUACGAUGUUUUUGAUUGCCCGCAUGCAGAAGAUGCUGGGGUACAGUGUGAGAACCCAGACAAUCCAGAGAAUGUGCGGCUAGUAGAGGGCGUCGGGCGCUGCCAGGGUCGACUGGAGGUGUUCUACCAGGGCCAGUGGAGCACUGUGUGCAAAGCAGGCUGGAACUUACAGGCUUCAAAGGUGGUGUGCAGGCAGCUGGGCUGUGGGCGGGCACUGCUGGCCCACAGAUGCUGCAACAAGAACACCCAGGGCAAAGGACCCAUCUGGAUGAGCAAGAUGUCAUGUUCUGGACGAGAAGCAAACCUUCAGGACUGCUCUUUCAGUCCUUUGGAGAGCAAUUGUACCCAUGGCGAGGACACGUGGGUGGAAUGUGAAGAUCCCUUUGAGCUGAGGCUGGUAGGAGGAGACACCACCUGCUCUGGGAGGUUGGAGGUGCUGCACAAGGGUUCCUGGGGCUCUGUCUGUGAUGACAGCUGGGGAGAAAAGGAGGACCAAGUGGUCUGCAAGCAACUGGGCUGUGGGAAGUCCCUCUUUCCAUCCCCAAAAGCCCGCAAAAGCUUCGGGCCUGGGACAGGCCACAUCUGGCUGGAUGACGUCAGUUGCUCAGGGAAGGAAGAGUCUCUUGAGCUCUGCCGGCACAGGCUGUGGGGAUACCAUGAUUGCACGCACAAGGAAGAUGUGGGCGUGAUCUGCUCAGCUCUACCCUGUGAGCCUGCUGGAAACCCUGUCUCUGAUGUGAGCUUGAAGACCAAGCCCCCGGGGGGAUGGGUGAUGGAGGGAAACAAGCUGGUCCUCAUCUGCUCCGUUGCUAACACCACUGAAAAUAUAACUUACCUCUGGUACAGAGGGGCCCUGGGUUUAAAUCUGGAAAAGAAGACACUGCCUUCAAUAACAGCAGAGUUUGAGAUCAGUGAAGUGAAGCAAAGCGAUGUUGAUCAAUAUUACUGUGCGGCUGACAACGGCCAUGGCCCUGUUCCCAGUGAGCUGGUGAACAUCAAUGUCAGAGUUCCAGUGUCUCGCCCUGUCCUUACAUUUGUGGACACUGGAACCCAGGCUGUGCUGGGGGACCUGGUGGAGCUUCACUGUAAGGCCCUGAGAGGCUCACCCCCAAUCUUCUACCAGUUUUAUCAUGAGAACAUCAUUCUGGGGAACAGUUCAGACCCCUCUGGAGGAGGAGCAUCCUUCAACUUCUCCCUGACCGCAGAACAUUCUGGAAACUUCUCCUGUGAAGCCAGCAAUGGCCAGGGUGUCCAGCGAAGUGAAGUGGUGGCUCUCAACUUAACAGUGCCCACUGUGAAUGGAAUUGGCCACCUCUCCUCAGGACUCACUGGCUGGCUGAUUGGCUGUCUUGGCCCCAUCGCCACGGUCCUAAUAUUUUGCUACUGGCUCAAGAGAAAAAUAGGAAGACAAUCGGAAGAUCCACUCAGGAGCCCUCCUCAGACUGUGCUCCAAGAAUCCAACUACCACAACUCCCCGGACCCAGGGCAUCCAGAGCCCGUGUAUGAGAAUGUGAAUGCUGUAAGUGGCGAUGAAGUUUACUCUCUGGUGUACCACACCCAGCAGGAGCUAGGACCGACAGCCGCUCAGCAUGUGAGCACACACGGGGCAAGUGAGGUCUCCUCCGGAAUCUAUUCUAAGCCGAGGAUAAACAUCGUUUAUGUGGACUAUGAAGACACCAUGUAGAAUUAUGGAAACAGCAAUGAGGAGUGCUACAAACAAGCCCAAGGUCUGAUGUGGCCUCUGAGGACACUGGGGACAGGAGUAGCUUGCAAAGACACCUUUCCCACGUGCUACUGUUCAUUAGACGGGUCCUUCACCUACCCAGUGUCAAGCCAGAACAAGUCCUACAGAAACCACCCAGGAAAACCAACUUAGAUGGAGAAGCUGGAGCAUUUGCUGGUGACAUCUGGUUGUUGUCCAUUCAUGUUGGGGCAUGAUGAAUUGCACACAAACUUUUAUUUAUAAGAAGAAAACGGUGUGAUGAAAGCAAGUGAAGUCUUGGAACAGAGGACAACUGAAACUCGGAGAGCACAAAGCCAAGAUCAAUGGCUUUGCUAUGCUUCCUCUGUGCACACAUCCUAAAAUACCCAACAGUGUACUUUUGAAUCACUGUCAUCAAUUUGGAAUUAAAACACGAUUGCAUAAAAA